AAUCAAGUUCAAACUAACGUUCAUCGUAGUAGCCCUAUAGAAGGAAAGAUGCCUCGCCGCCGAGCUUCACGUCGUAAGCUGAUGACCAAGACAGCUGACCAAACGGAGGCUCAAACCAUGUCCGAAGCUGCUCUGGAGGAGACCGAUGAGCUUGAGAAGUGCGCUAAUCAAGUGGACACUAAUACCAUGGGGGAGGGUACCGAGCCCCCACACAGCCGAGCUCGCAGCAGCUCCCCUGAUCGCGAACGUUGCGGCAGUCCCCAGGGCUCCCAAGGCUCCCUGUCGCCGCACUCCCUCAAACAAUCGUUGGACCAGGAUAACCCCUUUGAUGUGCCAGCCGUAGUGUUCGAACGUUGGCCGCGCGCCGAUGAGUUUGUGCGCUCCGACGCCGGCAGCCCGCUGGCUUUCAAGAAAAACUGGGAUGACUGUGCUGAUGUGUACAUUUACUGCGAGAGUGGCGUGAUCACCGUGAGGCCCUACAAAAUGACCGUGCCCAGUAAGCACAUUAUGAUGCAACUGGACGAGAAGGCACUCCAGCAAGUGAAGAUCUUGCAUGCCCAUCUGGAGCUGCUUAUUGACAUGGCCACCAAGGUGGACGAGAUGUAG